AUGGCUAUUAGUUUUAGAAACCCAAGAAACAUUCUUCUUUGGUCUCUACUGUUCAUCUUCUAUUCAUCUGCCUUGUUCUCUCAUGGAGCCAACACAAUCAUUCAAGGACAAGUUGUUAGAGAUGGUGAAUUCAUUAUCUCUGCAGCCCAAAUUUUUGUACUGGGGUUCUUUAGUCCCAAAAAUUCGCCUUAUCGAUACGUUGGAAUAUGGUACGAUAAAGUUCCAAUUCAAACAGUUGUGUGGGUAGCCAAUAGAGAAGAACCAAUAUCAGGUGAUGGGGGAGUUAUAACUAUAGGAAGUGAUGGUAAUUUAAUGGUUCUAGAUGGAAAUGGCAAUUCAGUUUGGUCAGCGAACGCUUCUUCGAUUGAAUCGAGCAAUUCAACUGCUAUUCUCAUGGACACUGGUGAUCUUGUUCUCUCUAGGAACAAUUCUGAUGAGGCCUUAUGGCGCAGCUUCAGUUAUCCGACUGAUACUUAUUUGCCUGACAUGAGAGUCUACAUGAAUGUUGAAGAAGGCGAAAGUCGCGUUUUCAAUUCUUGGAAAAGUGCCAAUGAUCCUUCACCUGGAAGGUAUUCGAUGGGUGUUGAUCCUCGUGGAUCGCCACAGAUAGUGAUAUGGGAGGGAUUGAAUCGAUAUUGGAGAAGUGGGCAUUGGAAUGGAAUAAUAUUCACUGGUGUCCCCCGCAUGAGAGCUAUUUAUCUAUAUGGUUUUCGCCUUUUGAAUGAGGGGGAUGGCAGGUUGUAUUUUACAUAUAGUAAGAUGAACAAUUCUGAUUUAAUCAAUUUUCGGAUAACUUGGGAAGGAUAUGAGAGACAGGUGAGGUGGGAUGAAGUUCUAAGGGAAUGGAGUGUGAUACAGAUGCAACCGAGGAACGAAUGUGAUUUGUAUAACAAAUGUGGACCUUUUGGAAUUUGUAGUGUGGUUAAUUCUCCAAUAUGCAGUUGUAUGAAAGGGUUCAUACCAAAGGACUUAGAUCAAUGGAGGAAUGGAAAUUGGUCGGGUGGGUGCACUAGAAGGACACCAUCUCAGUGCCAGAGGAACGAGGGGGAGAGCGGGAGAGAGGAUGGGUUUUUGGGGAUUGAGGGGGUGAAACUUCCAGAUUUCAUGGAUGGUUCAGAAAGCAAUAAUGAAGAAUGUGAAGAGAAGUGUUUGAGGAAUUGUUCUUGCAAUGCCUAUGCUUUUGUUAGUGGAAUCAAUUGUAUGUUAUGGAGUGGGGAUUUGGUUGACAUUCAGAGUUUUGAUGAAGGUGGGAACACCCUGUACCUUCGUCUUCCUAAAUCGGAACUAGGUGGCAAGAGAAAAGUGACCAUACUUGUGAUAAUGGCUGUCUCAGUAGCUGGAACAUUCUUCCUAAGCAUGUUCAUUUGGCUGCUGUGGAGAUACAAAUCAAAACUAAAAGGAAUAACAGGUUCAAGGAGAAAGAACCAUGAAUUACCACAAAUUGGUGCCAACCCAAGUGGAGAAUUUUCAACAGAUUUUUCUGGAACAGGGGACCUCAGUGUCGAAGGGCAGCAAGGAUCCGGACAAGAAUUAUCAUUGUUCAAUUUCAAUAGUGUAGCUGCAGCUACUAACAACUUUUCGCUCGAAAACAAACUUGGACAAGGAGGAUUUGGCUCUGUCUACAAGUGCAACUUUGCCUUUGCCAAGACAACCCACUUUUACUUCAAUGAGAAGCUCUGUGGAUAUGGACUUAUGGAAUGGAAGCCAUGA